AUGGUCUUUAACAUAUUAUAUUUUUUGUUUUUCACAUUUUUAUUAACAAAAAGAUGUAUGAAUUUGGAUCUAAAAACAAAUAAAAAUAAACAAAUAGUUGUCAGUUUUAUAUCAGGAUGUAAUUAUAAUAAUUUGUAUAAUAGGGAAAAUAAAAAAAGUUUAAAAAUUGCCAAAGAUGAUACAAAAAUAAAUAGUUUAAAAAAUGAUAAAUAUUCUGAACAUGUUAAUAUAGAUGAAAAAUAUGAUAAAAAUGACUAUAUAAAUAAAUUAUAUGAAAAUGAAUUUUACGAUUCUACUAAUUAUAAUGUUUAUAUCGAAAAUAAUAAAUUAGCAGAAUAUAUUUCUGAUGUUUCAAUAAAUAAAAAUGAAAUAUGUACAUUAUAUGAAGACAUGAAUUUAGGUCGUUUAUUUGAAAAUUUAGUAGCAAAAUUAUAUUAUAAUAAAAAAAUAAAUGGGUUCGUACAUCUAUAUAAUGGUCAAGAAGCUAUAAGUACAGGUAUUAUCAAAAAUUUAAGAAAUUCUGAUUUUGUUGUUAGCACAUAUAGAGAUCAUGUUCAUGCAAUUAGCAAAAAUGUUCCUGUAAAAGAAAUAUUAAAUGAAUUAUAUGGAAACUAUUAUGGAAGCACAAAUCAAGGAAAAGGAGGUUCUAUGCAUAUAUAUAAUAAAAAAAAUAAUUUUAUUGGAGGCUUUGGAUUUAUUGGUGAGCAAAUACCAAUUUCUGUUGGAUUAGCAUAUAGUGUUUUAUAUAAAAAAGAAUUUAUUCAAGAUACAUCUAAUAAAGAAUAUGAAACUUGUUCAGAAAAGCAGAAUACACUUAUGAAUCACGUAAACGAUGUUAAGGAAAACUUAACAAAACAUGAUGAAAAUGAACAUGAUAAAAAUGAGAACGAUCUCGAUGUAGUUGUAUGCUUUUUAGGAGACGGAACAAGUAAUAUUGGCCAGUUUUUUGAAUCUCUAAAUCUAGCAUCUACCUAUAAUUUGCCUAUUAUAUUUGUAAUCGAAAAUAAUAACUGGGCAAUUGGUAUGGAAAGCUCAAGAAGUUCUUUAGGAGAUCUAACAAACAAUUAUAAUAAAGGAAAAGCAUUUAAUAUAACUACAUAUAAAGUAGAUGGUAAUGAUGUAUUGAGUAUAUACAAACUUGCAAAAAAAAAAAUAAAUGAAAUUCGAAAAAAAAAAUCAGGACCCAUUUUAAUAGAAGCUAUUACAUACAGAACAAGAGGUCAUUCUUUGGCUGAUCCAGAUUUAUUAAGACGAUUAGAUGAAAAAACAUCAUGGAAAAAAAUUGAUCCUAUUAUUCAAUUAACAAAUUAUAUGAAAAAUAAUAAUAUUGUUGAUUCUAUUUAUUUUGAAAAUACUAAAAAAGAGAUUCAAAAAAUACUUUUAGAUGCACAAAAUGAUGCAGAUUCUAAUUUUGAAAAAAGUAAAAAUAUAGAUGUAUGCAAAUUAUAUGACAAUAAUAUUUUUGCUCCAUCUGAAAUUACAAAAUAUCAACCAUCUUAUUCAAAAUACAAAAAAUAUGAUCAAUUAUCACCAAAUGAAUUAAUUCAAUAUUACCAAUCCUAUAUGAAUGAAAUAAAUGGAAAAUUUAUCAAAAAUGAUAAAAAUUAUUAUUCACAAAUAUUUGACAAAAAGCAAUUACCUCUAAUUAUAAACUAA